ACUCUGGGUCUGUUCAAACUGUUUGUUGGGUGAGCCCGACGCAAUUCGUCUUCUCCGUUCUUCUUGUCUCUCCAGUUUCUUCUCCCGGGAAAUUGGGCCAGGGUAGUGACUUGAUUCAGUUACAGCUCGCUUGACUUCAUAUCCACAUUCGCAAUCGACCUUUCGAAGCUAAAAACAUGGCUCGAAUUUAUGACCACUCAUUCUCUGAACUGCUUUUUUUCGCUCCGCAAUCAUGAACAGUGCUCCCAACGAAUUCGACAUAAUUUUUGGCGGUGGGGGAACAGCUGCAUGUGUUGCUGCAGGAAGGUUGGCUUCUGCUGAUCCAACCCUCCGAAUCCUUGUUCUCGAAGCAGGAGAACACACCAAAUACGAGGAUUCACAUGUACAACCUGGACGCUACUUCGGCCACCUAUCUCCAGCAAGUACUACUCUUGACUUUCACGUCGGGAAGCCCUCCAAGUCGCUUGCUGGCCGUUCCCUGGUCGUUCCAUCAGGUCGUUGUAUCGGAGGAGGGUCCUCCGUCAAUUUCACUAUGUAUACCCGUGCUUCUGCGUCCGAUUACGAUGACUGGGAAGGCCAAUACAAGAAUCCAGGUUGGGGUUCCAAGGAUCUUUUGCCAUUGUUACGAAAAACUGAAACCUAUCAAAUUCGACCGCAUCAACCGACGCAUGGAUAUUCAGGACCCCUGAAGGUUUCCUGGGGUGGACAUGUUACCAACAUUGGAGAUCAGUUUCUGAAGGUGGCGGCAGCAAUAGAUAAUGACCGGAUGUAUACCGAAGACGUCAAUGAUUUUUAUGAAUGCAACAAAUACGGGAAAUGGCCAAAAUGGAUUGACAGUGAAACUGGCAAACGCUCGGAUCCAGCCCACUAUUACAUCUAUAAUCAGGAGGCUAACAAGAACCUUGUCAUACGAACUGGCCAACGGGUGAAGCGUGUGAUAUUUGAAGGAGAGAAAGCUGUUGGCUUGGAAUAUGUUGCUGACAUAGCCCUUCGCCCAGAUGUAGAUCAAACACCUCAGCAGGCAUAUGCAUCACGUUUGGUGGUGCUUUCCGGUGGUGCUUUUGGUUCUCCGGCCAUACUUGAAAGGUCAGGCAUAGGCGCUGCGGAUCUGCUGGCUAAGCACGACGUUCCCGUUAAGGUUGAUCUCCCUGGUGUAGGAGAGAGUUUUCAAGAUCACAAUAUCUGUUUUGUCCCAUAUCAAGCCAGUGAUGAAGCAGACACAUUUGACGCACUCAUCCGGGGGGACAUAGCAGAAACUGCAAAGAAUUUUGAUUUAUGGACGGAAGGAGGCAAGGGUCUUCUAGCAGCCAAUGGCAUGGACGCUGGGAUUAAAAUCCGCCCCGUGGCAGAAGAGGAUUUCAAGGAGCUGGGUCCGGACUUUGAAGAACGCUGGAACGAAUAUUUCGUGAACGCUCCAGACAAGCCUGUAAUUUGGUUCGGGCCGUCAUCCUUUCUGUUAGGAGACCAUACCACGGCACCAGUCCGCAAGUACUACAGCCUGGCGUAUGUCAACGAAUACCCUGUCUCCAUGGGCAGCGUGCAUAUAUCUUCGGGUCAAGAUCCUCACGCACCCAGUGACUUCAAUCCGGCCUUCUUGAAUCAUCCAGCUGACUUUGCAACUUUACGAUGGGGAUAUAAGAAAACGCGCGAGAUAGCCCGACGAAUGAAAUUCUACCGCGGGGAACAUCUUCCCAUUCACCCCGAAUUCUCUGCAAAUAGCAAUGCCUUGUGUAACGGGAACUCCUCUGGCCCGGCUGCGCUCGAUGCACCGAACUUGAAGUAUACAGAAGAUGAUGAUAGGGCUAUAGACGAUUUCCAUAAACAAUUCAUUCAAACAUCGUGGCAUUCUCUGGGAACAUGUGCAAUGAAACCUCGCGAAGAUGGAGGAGUUGUGGACCCUCGCCUCAACGUUUAUGGUACCAGAAAUCUAAAGGUCGCAGGAUUUUUACGGGUUCAAUUCUAUCCUGCAGAUCUCUCGAUUGCUCCAGCAAAUGUAGGCGCUAACACCUACAGCUCUGCCUUGACUGUCGGAGAGAAAGCAGCGGUCAUAAUUGCAGAGGAUUUAGGUUUUCCACUUGAUGGUGAUGGUAUACUGGAAACGUCUGAACAGUCUAUGUCUGGAUUUUCUGAACCCGUUUCUGCGCCUUCGACGAAGACCCAGAUACUGGAUGACUUCGCUGGUCUACAAGGGAUCGAAGGGUUGACUAUAAGCGGCAUGGUCAACGACGAGUAUCCAAAUUCGAAGUCUUCAAUGAUUACCGUCAUUUAGAAAGAAAGGUCACUCACAGGCGCGACAAUAGUUAUAUCAGAGAAAGUAUAUACACUUGGGGUAUGACUGAUUUUGAACUUGGUUGAAAUUAACUAGAAUUGCAACGCGUAUAGAUCAACGAGCUCUAUUUUCGCACUCAUUUGUUCAGAUAAAUGUGUAUUAUUUAUUCUAGACUAAGUAACACUGUACAGUAACACAGAGAAGACUGAUGUUGUCUUUGGCUGCGACGCAAGAAUGGCCAGCGAUUGUGAGCAACAUGGGAGAGCAAAAAAUAUUCAAAAGACAAACAGCAAUGAAGUGAAUAUGAACUUUGACUGUAGAAGGAAAUGAG